ACAACAACAACAUCAUCAUCAUUAUUAUGAUUUAAAAGAGUUACGAUACUAAUUAAGCAUUGACAUGAGUACAAGUGUGGUUAAAAUGUCUUCAAACAAGUAUGAGAAAGCUAAUCUUGACGCCACGAGCUCGUCCUCCUUCUGGAAGAAGAGCUCGAUGAAGGCCGUCCCGGGUCGUCCUAACCCAUCAUCUUCCGUCCUAGCCAAGCAAACUCUACCCGCAGGUUCCAGUGGCUCCGGAACCUCCACCAAUGGCCACAAGCUGAAGAGUUUCAGCGAUUUUGAGGCCAGUGUCUCCGAUGCUUGGAACUCCGAGGAGCCUUUGCCAGCUUCGUUGGCCGCCAGUGGGGCAACGGCUACCGGGGGCCGACCGACCACGUCCCAGGCCUCCUCCUCAACGAGCUCAGUCACUACGCCCAAAGCCCCCGUGAUCAUGUCGUCAGUGUUUAAGCCCGAGACCACGAAAGGGAGCGUGUCCAGCCGGAAUGGAUCGCCUUCAUCCCCAAUUCAUUCUAAUUCAUCGGACAAGAGCCAGACGAGUCCAGUGACCUCGGGAAUGCUCUCCUCCCGGUGGGAAAAAGUGGACAAACUUUUGUCCCAUCCCAAUCUGGACUUGGACGAGUUGCGAAAGGCGUCUUGGUCGGGCCUGCCCCCGACUUCCCGCCCCAAAGCGUGGAAGAUUCUCUGCGGCUAUUUGCCUAGCAUCGUGUCCCGCCAAGACGAAGUACUUCAGAGAAAGCAAGACGAAUACAAGCAAUACGUGGUGCAGUACUUCCAGACCAAGGACCAGGAUAUCCAUCAAGAGACCUACCGCCAAAUUCACAUCGAUAUCCCCAGAAUGAGCCCUGUGAUAGCCCUUUUCCAGCAAAAAUGUGUUCAAGAGAUUUUUGAGCGAAUUCUGUACAUUUGGGCCAUACGCCAUCCAGCCUCCGGAUAUGUUCAAGGUAUCAAUGACCUGGUCACGCCUUUCUUUCUGGUCUUUCUGCAAGAUAUUUGCCCGGGGCGAGACGUGGCCACCAUCCAAGUUGAGCUUGAACUCAGUGACGAGCAAAAGGAUGCCAUCGAGGCCGACUCGUUCUGGUGCCUGACCAAAGUUCUGGGGGGCAUUCAGGACAAUUACACCUUUGCUCAGCCCGGUAUUCAACUCAAAGUGAAGCAGCUUGAGGAGCUCGUGUUCCGUCUCGACCAGGAGCUCCACGACCAUCUCCAAUCACACGAAGUGACCUACCUCCAGUUUGCUUUCCGUUGGAUGAAUAACAUUCUGAUGCGAGAAUUGCCCAUCAAGGCCACCAUUCGCCUUUGGGAUACCUAUUUGUCGGAGUUGGAAGGAUUCUCACACUUUCAUUUGUAUGUGUGUGCCGCUUUUCUAACGCAUUGGAAAUGCGAGUUAAUGAAGAGGCGAGAUUUCCACACACUUUUGAUGUUCCUCCAAAACCUUCCCACGGCCAAAUGGGGUGAUCGGGAGAUCGAUUUGCUUGUGGCCGAGGCUUUCCGUCUCAGCUAUUUAUUCGCGAACGCACCCAGACAUUUCACCACCACGGGUGGAACUUCGACGACUGCGGUCCCCUCCUCUGCGGUAGCUUCUACCGAUUAAAGUGAUAAAAAUAAUAAUAAUUUUUCUCCUACAAUCUGAACGUACACAUGAACCCGAAUUGUCAUUGCUUUUAUACCUACCACAUAAGGUGAUCUUUUUUUUCGAUGAAAAUGAAUGGUUUUAUAAAUUUGCUGUUAUGACAA